GUGGUUGGUCGGGUGACUGUUUAAAACAUUUGGACAUUGAACCCGGUAGAGUGAAGCCAGUACAUGGGUUUAUGUUGAUGAGUAAACCCGGGAACGGGAUCCUCCAAUGCGGAUCUAUAAUGAUGGCGAGAUAGAAAACCGAGUCCGCAGCAAAUUAAUCACACCGGAACAGCAAGCCGACACCACGGGGAUCGGGAGACCAUAAAAAAAAAACAAUCGGCUCACCGAGUCUCCACACAGAGCGCCAGAAACUAAAGAGGGAACAACGCCGCACCGCACAUGUACUGAAUCAACUCCUAUAUGAAACAUAUUGACUUUGUUUCUCAAUCAAAGUCACCAGAAUAUCGUCGGGAUCUCGGACUUGAGGUGUUUUGCUUAUACCACUUGAAAAUGAAAGUGUUUACGUUCGUCAUUUUCUUCCUGUGCUUGCUAUUUGUGGUGGACUUGGUCGAGUGCCGUCGCCCAAGGCGCGGGAAACAAAAGAGGCGAAGACCAAAGCUGAUUGUACCAACAACGACAAGAAUUACAACACAGGCAGUCACUAGCCCAUCAUUGCCUUCAACUACAGUGCCAUUCAUUGCUGCCGAAGCUUGCCAUCGUGUAUGCGAGGGCGACUCCUUUCUCCAGGAGGAUCUCUGUACUUGCGAUUGUGUACAGCCGGGCUUCGCUUACAACGAACGGGCCGGAAAAUGCAAAGAUAUUGACGAGUGUGAGGACGAGUCAAAUUGCCAAGGAGGAACUUGCACAAACUUGAAAGGAUCCUAUCAGUGCAACUGCCCCAGCGGUUACAAUCUGCAUGCCAAUGGGAAACUCUGCCUGCCGCAACCCCACGUCAUCCCUUGCCGAGGGCUGCUCUGUUUCGAUGGUGCUUCUCUUGACGAAGAUAACUGUCGAUGCAAGUGUGACAAUCGGGGACUCAUGUACGACUAUUUUGAGGAAGAAUGUGUCGAUAUUAACGAAUGUGCCAAGGGCGUAGACAACUGCGAGCAUGUCUGUGUCAACACGAUGGGUAGUUACCGUUGCCAUUGUUACCAAGGUUUCAGGCUCAACUUUGACGGGGAAUCAUGUGACCCCAUCGAUCCAGAUUGCAAGGAUAAAGCAGCAUUUUGUGUGCACCUGGCGAGUGCCAUUGAAUGCUAUUAUGAUCCAAACACUCGCACCAUGUGUCCAAAGAGCUGCCGAGUCUGCGUGGGUUAAAGACGACCGGAAUUCGUGCUUUUUCGAAGGGGGUGGAAAGAUAGUGACAUAUUUAAAGGCAACUCUUACAAUAAAUUGAAAAUGUUCGAGGCCAUGAUUCCGAUCCUAGCAGAAUCUUUUUCAAUGGCCCUGCACCU